CCGCAUGAAAUAGCAUGCGAUUGUGCUCACCGACCGUACCGUCACGCCAAAUUUCAAUUUGGUGGCGACACUCUCCACCGUUUAAGCGAAGAGGACAAUUCGAUGCCAUAGACGGUUGAUUUCUUAGUCUCUACUCCAUCUCCAUCUCCUUUCUAGGGUUUGAUCCAAUCAUCAGAAAUGAAUAUGGUGGAUCCUUGUUCCUGUUCACCAUCAACAUCAACAAACAAGAGCUCACCAUCAAUCACAACCACAACCAUAACGGAUUUGGAUGCAGACUCGCUGUUUCACUGUGCGAGCUUCCUCAGCCUCCAUGACAUCUCCAAUCUCUCUCUCACCUGCAAAUACCUCAACCGUGUCUCUUAUUCCGAUUCCAUCUGGUUUUCCCUCUUCAGAGAGCGUUGGCCGCAACAGCUGCCUUCUUGCUUUUCACAAACAUCAAGUGUCAGGGAAGCUUAUUUGGCCAGGCAUACUGCUUUGCAACAAUUUAAGUUUGUUGAUCCCCUAGUUGCUGACUUCUAUACAAAUGCAAACCCUAAUAACCUCGUCGGUUUUAACAACAAUGAUAUCAUUGUUUCACAGGGUGCACUAAUAAACGUCAUGAAGAUUGAUGGUGUUUUAAAUUUAAGAGAAUCCCUUGUCCACUUAAACGGCCACAAUGCAAAAAUUACUUGUAUGAGGUUGUUCCCCCUAAAUGAAACGUCUUUAUUUCGAAGUGAGACACAAGGAAAUGAAAAUGUUUUGGUAACCUCAAGUUGUGAUCAUUCCAUUCGUCUAUGGUGGAAGGGAUCUUGCCAACGAUGUUUCAGAGGUCAUAAUGGCCCGGUUUCCACCCUUUCAGACAAACUGUUGGGUGACAGUAUUGGAAAAGUUUUUGCUAGUGGAGGGGUAGAUAGUACUGUUCGCCUUUGGUCCCUCAACUCAAGUGGAAAGCGUGGCGAACAUGCUCUAAGGGCUACACUUUAUGGGCAUGAGAAACCUGUAGUACAUAUGUCAGUUGCCGGGCACAAAACUUCUCUUUUGGUGAGCAUGUCAAGAGAUUCCAAGGUAAGGGUUUGGGAUACCAAUGUGUCUUCUUCUGCUGUUCGUUCUUCUUGCUGUGUGGGAAUGACUUCAGUGCCUGGCGCACCUGUGGGCAUGAAAUGCCAUGAAUCCCUGCUCUAUGUUGCUGCUGGUUCCUCUGUUGUCGCAAUUGAUUUGAGAACAAUGCAAAAAGCUUUCGAUGCACCAAUGAAUCAACCAAAACUACACUCACUUGAGAUUAUGCCUUCAAAGUCCUUGAUCUGCAUGGGUGGAAUUGGCAGGGCAAUGCUAUGGGACAUCAGGAAGAGCUGCGACACACAAAAAGCAGAACCAAUAACUGAGUUGGAUGGUCAUAUAGGUGCUGUAACAUUCUUGCACAUGGAUCCGUACAAAGUAGUUACUGGAGGCCCCGAGGACCCUUACAUCAAUGUUUGGGAGGUUGACACUGGAACUCAAACAAAUUCCCUUAGUUGCUGUCCUCCAAAUGGUUCAAGUUCUCGCCGUGGGUGUUCAGCAAUGGCUGUAAAAGGGUGUCGAAUGGUUACAGCUAGCUGCGGUGUAAGCCAUGGUCUUUUGCGCUUCAGGGACUUCACCAAUGCUACUUGUCAAGUUUCGUCGAAUGAGAGCGAAUUUGCUUCGAAGUUUUGGGGUCCACAAUCUUGCAGCGACAGUGAAGAGUCUGAUUAGUGAUUACAUGAAAUUUUCACAAUCAACCCACAUCAUAAUUAACUGUGACAUUUCCCGUUUGUCACAAGUUUUUUUAAGUCGAAUUAUAGAACUUUUCUGAUGUCAGGAAAAAAUGGUGUUCCGGAGGGUGAAGAAUUAAGAUUUUGGGCUCAUUCUGUAAGAUAUUUAUUAGGGUACAGUAGAACUUUAAAAUUGUUCUAAAAUUGGUGUCAAUAUGGUUUUUCAUUUUAUUUUAUUUUGAUUGUGCUUC